AUGGGCGAGAACGAUAUCGCGGACUUCACGCUUGACGAAAGCACAUUUGGCAAGAAUGAGCAGAACGACCGCGGGCUAGCGGUGCAGAACAUCGGCACGCUCGACCUCGACAAGAUCACCGUGGAGACGUUCGAGGUGAUGUCGCGGCAGGCCACCGUCAACAUCGGCACCAUCGGCCACGUGGCGCACGGCAAGUCGACGGUGGUGAAGGCGCUCAGCGGCGUCAAGACGCAGAAGUACCACCGCGAGGCGGUGAUGAACAUCACGAUCCACCUCGGCUACGCCAACGCCAAGGUCUUCAAGUGCGACAAGUGCGAGCUGCCAGCCGCCUACCACGCCUUCCCGUCCUCGCAGCCGGACAAGACCGACUGCCCCACCUGCGGGUCCCCACUGACGCUGAAGCGCCACUUCUCCUUCGUCGACUGCCCCGGCCACGACGUGCUGAUGGCAACGAUGCUGAACGGCGCCGCCAUCAUGGACGCCGCGUUGCUCCUCAUCGCCGCGAACGAGCCAUUCCCGCAGCCACAGACCCUUGAGCACCUCGCGGCUAUAGAGGUGUUGUGCGUCCCUUCGCUGUUGAUACUGCAAAACAAGAUUGACCUCGUCGCGAAGGAGCACGCGGAGGUGCAGCAGUCUGUCGUCCGCUACUACCUGCGCUCCCGCACGAAUUACGGCGGUGCUCCCAUCAUCCCCAUUUCCGCACAGCUGGCGCUGAACACCGACUACCUGCUGGAGUACCUCUGCCACAUGCCCCUUCCUACGCGUUGCCUGCGCGCCCGUCCACGCCUGCAUGUGCUGCGCUCCUUCGACGUGACGCCGCCAGGCAACACUCUGGAGUCCCUCGAGGGCGGCGUCGUAGGCGGCACGCUGCAGCAAGGUGUGCUGCGUGUGGGCGAUGUGGUGGAGCUAUUCCCCGGCCUGCUUGCACUGACGCGGCGCGACGGUGUGUUGCCUAGCCGAACUGGCAUGCUCAGCGGGCAGGAGCUGUCGUUCAUUGGCUCGCCGCCGCCGGGCGAGGUGCACAUGGUGCCCCUGCGCACCACAGUACGCUCCCUCAUGUCGGAGGCGAAUCGGCUGCAGUAUGCGGUGCCCGGCGGCCUCAUCGCGGUCGGCACGUACCUUGACCCGUCACUUACGCGGCAGAACAAACUCCGCGGGCAGGUGCUGCGUCUGGCGACCACGCACGAUGGGGACGGCAGCAGCGCGGACAACAAUGACGACGGCAUGCAGGUGUAUCAGGAGGUCGAGUUACAGUUCUUUCUGCUUCCGGCUCUCCUUGGUGUGUCGCGGGACCGCAGUGGCAGCGCCGUCACCACCACUACGAAUACUGCUGCCAAUGCGCGCAAUGCAGGCGUUAUGGUGCCGUCGCGGUACUACCGCGUCGAGAAGCUGAAGGACGGCGAGAAUGUCGUGCUGAGUAUCAAUACACUCACCACGGCCGCGACAGUGCUGCGAACAGCUCAUGGAAAGGCCAAGGUGCGGCUCGAGUGUCCAGUCUACUGUGCGUGCGGGGACCGUGUGGCGCUGGCGCGCUUCUUCCACCGCAAGAUACGACUUAUCGGUUGGGGCGUCGUCAAGCGUGGCGUCCCCGUGCGUGCUGUUGAUUGA